AUGGAUCGCAAGCGUCGCCUUCCGUUACCGCCUGGUCCGAGUCGUCUACCCUUCGUCGGGAAUGUCCUUCAAAUCCCCUUCGAUUACCAGCAUGUUACCUUUGCAAACUGGAAGAAGCAGUAUGGGGAUCUUAUCUACGCGCGCGCGUUCCAACAAGACGUAGUAGUCCUCAAUUCUACCAAGGCUGCCCGGGAUCUAUUGGAGAAACGGGGUCAAAAAUACUCUGAUCGGCCACGCAUGGUCAUGUUCAAUGAGUUAUUAUACGCCUUCUAUCCCGCCUUGCCAACCAUGCCAUAUGGAGAACGAUGGCGCCAACACCGUGGCUGGUACCAAAUGGCCCUCCAAAGUAGUGCUGCACAGGGCAGCUACCAUUCCUUGCAGCAGAAACAGUCGCGAAGGUUCUUCGUGGAGUUGAUUCACAGCCCGCAAGCUUUCAUGUCUCAUGUCAACAGUAGAUUGAUUGGUUCCACAUUGCUGGAGAUAGGUUACGGAUAUGACGAUGAUGAGUUUGUACGAAUGGCCGAAAAGGUCAAUGUUGGCGUGUUCGAAUCAGGUGGUCCUGGUGCGACCUUGGUGGAUUUCUUCCCUGUCCUGAAAUACUUGCCAACCUGGUUACCAGGUGCAGGCUUCAAACGCAAAGCCUUGGAGGUCAGAGAUGCUGGUGUUAUAUCAAGGACGAUCCCAUUUGAGCGAGUCAAGCGAGAAAUGUUAUCUGGCGUCGCCAGGCCUUCCUUCGCGCAAACCCUGCUUGAGAAGGCGGAUGGGUCACAUACCGAGUCGUUUGAAUUCGAUCUUAUGGGUGCCGCGGCGACACUGUAUGGAGCUGGCACGGACACGACUGUGGCUACGAUCACGUCGUUCCUGCUUGCCAUGGUGCUCAACCCAGCCGUCUUCGAUAAAGUGCAAGCUGAGAUGGAUGCCGUUGUCCAUAACAGACGGCUUCGUGAUAGAGAUUCUUUGCCAUAUCUCGAGUGCGUCCUGAAAGAGGUAUACCGGUGGUUCGCUCCUGUGCCUUUAGUUACGUUCUGUCUUCCUCAUUCGCUCGUGGAUGCCGAUGGAUUCGAAGGUUACUACAUUCCUGCGGGAGCUACCGUCCUAGCGAACAUAUGGGCGAUGACCCGUGAUCCAGAGAUCUAUUAUGAUCCUGAAGUUUUCCGUCCAGAGCGAUUUCAAGAUGUUCAGCCAGACAUGGCUGACCUGAUGGAUGCACGUAAGCUCGUGUUUGGAUUCGGCAGGCGAAUCUGCCCGGGACGUUCUCUCGCAGAGUCAAAUGUUUGGCUGGUAGCUGCAGGUAUCAUGGCGACGAUGACAGUUCGCAAGGCUCGCGAUGCCUUUGGCAACGAAAUGAUACCCUCAGUGACAUUUCUUUCAGGUACGGUCAGUCAUCCGAUGCCCUUCCAGUGCGACGUCCGACCUCGAUCUGAACAGACGGUGGCUCUCAUUAUGAAAGACAAAAUCGGAUAA